AUGUUAUUUCACUUUCAGCAUCCUCUAGCAAAGUCUCCUCCCAUUUCCUUUCAUGUUAUUUCACUUUCUUCAUCCACUAGCAAAGUCUCGUCCCUUUUCCCUAGUCCUUGUGUCUUCUCCUUGUCUCCUCUCCCUCACAACCCCCCAGAGCAGCGGCGCCUCGCCCUCACAGCCUCCAAGAGCAGCGGCGCCUCUCCCUCACAAACCCCCAGAGCAACGGCGUUUCUCCCUCACAGCCCCCCAGAGCAGCCGCGCCUCUCCCUCACAGCCCCCCAGAGCAGUGGCGCCUCGCCCUCACAACCCCCCAGAGCAGCGGCGCCUCUCCCUCACAACCCCCCAGAGCAGCGGCGCCUCUCCCUCACAGGCCCCCAGAGCAGCGGCGCCGCUCCCUCACAACCCCCCAGAGCAGCGGCGCCUCUCCCUCACAAUCCCCCAGAGCAGCGGCGCCUCCUCCUCACAACCCCCCAGAGGAGCAGCGCCUCUCCCUCACAGCCCCCCAGAGCAGCGGCGCCUCUCCCUCACAACCCCCUAGAGCAGCGGCGCCUCUCCCUCACAACCCCCCAGAGCAGCGGCGCCGCUCCCUCACAACCCCCCAGAGCAGCGGCGCCUCGCCCUCACAACCCCCCAGAGAAGCAGCGCCUCUCCCUCACAGCCCCCCAGAGCAGCGGCGCCGCUCCCUCACAACCCCCCAGAGCAGCGUCGCUUCGCCCUCACAACCCCCCAGAGCAGCGGCGCCUCUCCCUCACAACCCCCCAGAGCAGCGGCGCCUCGCCCUCACAACCCCCCAGAGCAGCGGCGCUUCGCCCUCACAGCCCCCCAGAGCAGCGGCGCCGCUCCCUCACAACCCCCCAGAGCAGCAGCGCCUCGCCCUCACAACCCCCCAGAUCAGCGGCGCCUCUCCCUCACAAUCCCCCAGAGCAGCAGCGCCGCUCCCUCACAACCCCUCAGAGCAGCGGCGCCUCUCCCUCACAGCCCCCCAGAGCAGCGGCGCCUCUCCCUCACAGCCCCCCAGAGCAGCGGCGCCUCUCCCUCACAAUCCCCCAGAGCAGCGGCGCCUCUCCCUCACAAUCCCCCAGAGCAGCGGCGCCUCUCCCUCACAAUCCCCCAGAGCAGCGGCGCCUCGCCCUCACAACCCCCCAGAGCAGCGGCGCCUCUCCCUCACAGCCCCCCAGAGCAGCGGCGCCGCUCCCUCACAACCCCCCAGAGCAGCAGCGCCUCGCCCUCACAACCCCCCAGAUCAGCGGCGCCUCUCCCUCACAAUCCCCCAGAGCAGCAGCGCCGCUCCCUCACAACCCCUCAGAGCAGCGGCGCCUCUCCCUCACAGCCCCCCAGAGCAGCGGCGCCUCUCCCUCACAACCCCCCAGAGCAGCGGCGCCUCUCCCUCACAACCCCCCAGAGCAGUGGCGCCGCUCCCUCACAACCCCCCAGAGCAGCGGCGCCUCGCCCUCACAACCCCCCAGAGCAGCGGCGCUUCGCCCUCACAACCCCCCAGAGCAGCGGCGCCUCUCCCUCACAAUCCCCCAGAGCAGCGGCGCCUCUCCCUCACAACCCCCCAGAGCAGCGGCGCCUCUCCCUCACAACCCCCCAGAGCAGCGGCGCCUCUCCCUCACAGCCCCCCAGAGCAGCGGCGCCUCUCCCUCACAGCCCCCCAGAGCAGUGGCGCCGCUCCCUCACAACCCCCCAGAGCAGCGGCGCCGCUCCCUCACAACCCCCCAGAGCAGCGGCGCCUCGCCCUCACAACCCCCCAGAGCAGCGGCGCCUCUCCCUCACAGCCCCCCAGAGCAGCGGCGCCGCUCCCUCACAAUCCCCCAGAGCAGCGGCGCCUCUCCCUCACAGCCCCCCAGAGCAGUGGCGCCGCUCCCUCACAACCCCCCAGAGCAGCGGCGCCUCUCCCUCACAGCCCCCCAGAGCAGCGGCGCCUCUCCCUCACAACCCCCCAGAGCAGUGGCGCCGCUCCCUCACAACCCCCCAGAGCAGCGGCGCCUCUCCCUCACAGCCCCCCAGAGCAGCGGCGCCUCUCCCUCACAACCCCCCAGAGCAGUGGCGCCGCUCCCUCACAACCCCCCAGAGCAGCGGCGCCUCGCCCUCACAACCCCCCAGAGCAGCGGCGCCUCUCCCUCACAGCCCCCCAGAGCAGCGGCGCCGCUCCCUCACAACCCCCCAGAGCAGCGGCGCCUCUCCCUCACAACCCCCCAGAGCAGCGGCGCCUCUCCCUCACAAUCCCCCAGAGCAGCGGCGCCUCUCCCUCACAAACCCCCAGAGCAGCGGCGCCUCUCCCUCACAACCCCCCAGAGCAGCGGCGCCUCUCCCUCACAACCCCCCAGAGCAGCGGCGCCUCUCCCUCACAAUCCCCCAGAGCAGCGGCGCCGCUCCCUCACAACCCCCCAGAGCAGCGGCGCCUCGCCCUCACAUCCCCCCAGAGCAGCGGCGCCUCGCCCUCGCAACAGGGGUAGUGCACCCGUUCUGUUUGCGACUUACAGAGUGGGACACUCUCUCGCUGCUCUAGUGCCGUGGGCCACUGUCGCCAUGCGCUUUCCCCGUUCCCCCCUCCCACCACGAUUCAACCACUCCAUUUUCGCUGUGCCCCACCCAGCUGCGUUCCCCCCCCACCCAGCUGCGUUCCCCCCCCACCCAGCUGCAUUCCCCUCGCACCCGGCUGUGUUCCCCCCCCACCCUGCUGCGUCCCCCCCCCACCCUGCUGCAUUCCCCCCACCACCCAGCUGUGUCCCCCCCCCCCUCCCCCCCUCCCCACAGCUGCGUUCCCCCCUCACCCCCACCCAGCUGCAACAGUACUACCAUAUCAAGACAUGUGUAUUAUGGUACCCUGCUGUAUUUGUUUGA